AUGUCUCAAUUUGUAGUGGACCUCUCUGAAUCACUUGAAGGAGACUUCAGGAAAUUAGUGCAAGUACUUCCAGAUAACACAUCUUUGAUGGAAACCCAUUAUUACAUAUUGUUUGUUACAUCUCUUGGCAAUCUGAAAUUUGUGUUAAUCCUUCCACAUUACACCUCUUUGACAAAAGGUCAUUAUUACAUAUUCUCUAUUAAAUUCCUUCGUCUGCGGGAAAUCGGGACUUUCCUUAUCCUCGAGAAGGAAACCUAUGGCUUUGUUUAA